AAGAAAUACAACGACUCGAAAAGGGCGUCUGCUUGCAGGGGUUGGCGAGCGUGCCGCGCGACGUGCUCGAGGACCAGCUGAUUCAAGAUUCCAAGGUCACCGCCGAACCCACGUGGUCAGGGAUGCUGCCAUGGUUCGUCUCGCGCACCUGAGUUACUGUCAGUGGAGGGGGCUGAGGGCAGCUGCAGGUCGCCUAUUCUCGCAGCCGUACGUGAUGUGGAAGCCCAAGAGGGAGUACCAGGCGGGAGUAGACCACCAGUAUGAGGAAGCAGUGCAAGCCCUAAAUUCCCUGCAGACAAAUGCCUCGGUGCUUCAGGUGGCUCGGGAGCAGGGCUCACGUUCAGGCCUUGUCAAUAUACCCACAACUGAACGUUUUUUGAAGAAGGUUGGCGUAAGCAGGGAUGAACUGGAUAAACUAUCUGUCAUCCAUGUUGCCGGAACCAAAGGCAAAGGAUCAACCUGUGCCUUUAUUGAGAGCAUUCUGCGAGAACAUGGGUAUCGAACAGGCUUCUACUCCUCUCCUCACUUGGUGGCUGUUCGCGAGAGAAUCAGGAUAAAUGGGCAACCCAUCAACAAGGAGGACUUUGCGCACUACUUCUGGGAUGUGUAUAAUACCCUGGCAAGUCAGAAGGAAGACGAAAAGGAUAUGCCUGCCUACUUCAAGUUUUUGACAGUACUUGCUCUUAAAGUUUUCCUACAAGAGGAGGUGGAUGUGGCAGUGUUGGAAGUUGGAAUUGGAGGUGAAUAUGACUGUACCAAUGUUGUCAGGAAGCCUGUUGUAUGUGGCAUAACCUCACUUGAGCUGGACCACACCUCCAUCUUGGGAACAACAGUUGAGUCCAUUGCUUGGCACAAGUCAGGCAUCAUGAAGCCUGGAGUGCCAACCUUCACAGUGGAAGAGCAGCCUGGCAUGGCUAUGACAGUGCUGUCAGAGAGGGCAAAGGAAAAGGAGACAAAGUUGUACAUUGUGCCACCUUUAGAGAGUUAUGGAUGGGGAUCACGCCCCUUGCAGCUGGGUCUCGCUGGGAAUGUACAGUACCGUAACGCAUCCCUGGCACUCCAACUCUCCCAAUAUUGGAUUGACUCUCAGGUGAAAGGUUGUAGUCCAGUUAUUGACACUACGACUUCUGUAAAGGUUGAAAACUGCGGGUGCAGUAUGGCAUCACCUUAUACACUAGCCGAUGAAGAGGUGUGUGGGUUGAGGUCGGUGGUGUGGCCAGGGCGUUCACAGGUGUUGCCAUUGGGUUCGCUAAAGUUUUUCAUUGAUGGAGCUCACACAGAGUCCAGUAUGCAGGCAUGUGUAGACUGGUUUUCAAAAACUGCACCACUGCACACUACCGCCCAUGAUGAUGCUACUGUGUACCGGGUCCUUAUGUUUAAUUCCACUGGUGACCGCAACCAUGAGACUUUGUUGAAGUGCCUUUCUGAGUGUGAUUUUGAUCUGGCUGUGUUUACAACCAAUCUUGUCACAACAUCCAUGAGUGCAUCAUCAGUCAUGUUUAUACGAAGAUUGUCAGCCAUUAAAAGACAACUUGAUCUUUUGGUUAUGCAUCAGACGAACUAUACUGUGUCUCAGGAUCAGAUGCACCUACGCUGUGAGAAGCAAAGGAGCUCAUGGAUCAGAUUAAGGAGGAACCGCAAGGCCGCUCAAGGAAAUACUUGUGUUGAAGACAGGGAAGCCCCAUUGCUUCAAGAACAGGUUUCUAGUGACUUCACUGAGAGUUUGAGCAACCUUCCUGCUAUGGAUGUGCCUAGCAUAAUAUUUCCAUGCAUUCAUGAUGCACUGAAGUGGCUGUCAUGUGGCCGUGAAGCAAUGCUGCAGGGGGACCUUCUUCAACCUCCAGCUUUUCCACCACCUAGAAAACUGGAGGAGGCCUCUCAGGUCCAGAUUCUGGUGACUGGGUCCCUGCAUCUAGUAGGUGGAGCCCUCAGUAUCCUCGAUCCUGGGCUGUCAUGUGCCACACACACCCGACACUCUCCAACCAAACCUCCCUCGCUGAGUGAUUUGGUCCGUAGCACCUAUGCUGAAGUAUCGUCACCUGGGGCACCUUGAUGCACUAGAUAUCAUAAGGCCUAAACUUUAUUGCAUUUAUGGAAUGACAUUUUUGAAGCCACUUAAAUUGUCUUUGUUCACUAUGGGAAGUUGUUCUUGGGAGUUUUGGGAAUAAAUUUUGCACAAUUUUAACAUAGAAGCUGGAAAGUAUACACACAACCCACACAUUGCUCACACAUAGCUCGUACCUCAGUGCUUGUUGUAUAUUUUUCCUGAUUUUCCAUUCUUCUGUUAACCCCUAAUUUUGUUCUCUACUUUUGAAUUAUAUAGUUUUCUUCUGUAUUAUAAAUUUUGUGUAAAGCAUAUUAUGAUGAUAAUCGGUUUAUGGUGAGAAUAUUGACUGUCCAUUUUUUUUACACAUUGAUGGCUCGACAAGUGCUAAGUAACCAAAAUGUCAACUACUAGGCUUAAUCUCACUUGUUUAAGCCAUUCCUCUAAGUUUUAGGGAAAAAAAUUAUUUCUGUCAGCAUUAUUGUUUGUAUGAAUAUUGGUUUUAAUAAUAACAUUAUGAUUAUUGUAAUACUGGUGAUAACUAUAAUAAUAGUAAUAGAAAUAGUAUCUAUCUAGCCUGAAAAUUCAAGGGGUAGAUAGUAAGGGUAAGCCUAGUAAUUGACUUGUAAGUGGCACAAUUUGCAUACAAAUGAAUAAGUAUAUAGAUUAAUAAACAAAUGAAUAAAUAAAACAAAACUGUAGACAAUGGAUAUAUGCAUUCACUGCGAGUGUGAACAGUUAAAGAAUGAAUGUUGUUGUGAUGUCACUGUAUUUCAGGGCACUUUUGUCAUGAUUGUGAGAGUUGUAUGGAAUUGUAUGACAUUUUUUUAUGUUAAAACACAGACUGCCUCUGGCUUACAAAUGCAGACAUGUACACAUAUAUUCACAUUAUUGAAGUGAUGAUGUACAAUUAAGGGAAAUUCUUUUUUCACAUUUCGUUGUUUCAAGAAAUAUACAAAAUUACAUUCUACAUAAUUUCUACCUCUAAAGUUUGACUGCUGUGCAAUACCCCAAUAGAGAAUUAGUUCCUCUUAAAUAUUGAAUGAAAUUACUAUUUUGAAUAUAUGAAAAUUCUAUCAUUUCAUUUUUGAAUAUUCAUCAUUUAAAGGUUUUCUCUUGUGUAUUACUAAGGUGCUUUUUUGUGAAUGAUAAUGUAAACGGAUAAAUUUAUUUUUAAUACAAGUAGAAUUUGCUGUGC